AUAGAUAUGCAUUCCACUACAAGAAAUGCAGUUACAUUUGGUCAUAGAUAGAGUCCUCGUGAGAAAAGCCAAACCAAACCUCCAAGCAAAAAUCUAACAUAUUCUGAAAGCAAUCCAACAGAUUCCUAUUAUGAGCAAACAGCCGGCCGGUGAUGACGAUGAGAAGAGGCAUUGGUUUGGUUAUACUAGUGUUGGUGGUUUUUGAGAUCCAGACAUGCUUAUCACAGAUUAACAGAGCAAGCUUUCCAAAGGGUUUUGUGUUCGGGACUGCAUCUUCAGCUUUCCAGUAUGAAGGAGCAGUGAAAGAAGAUGGAAGGGGUCCAAGUGUUUGGGACACAUUCUCGCAUUCUUUCGGAAAGGUAAUUGAUUUCAGUAACGCUGAUGUGGCUGUAGAUCAAUACCACCGUUUUGAGGAAGACAUUCAACUCAUGAAGGAUAUGGGCAUGGAUGCCUACAGAUUUUCAAUUUCUUGGUCUAGAAUAUAUCCUAAUGGAACUGGGGCAAUAAAUCAGGCAGGAGUUGAUCAUUAUAACAAGCUCAUCAAUGCUUUGAUAGCAGCAGGAAUUGAGCCAUAUGUGACCAUUUACCAUUGGGACCUUCCUCAAGCCUUGAACGACAGAUACAAUGGAUGGCUCAACCCACAGAUCAUAAAGGACUAUGCAACAUUUGCAGAGACUUGCUUUCAGAAAUUUGGUGAUAGGGUGAAGCAUUGGAUCACAUUCAAUGAGCCUCAUACAUUUACCAUACAAGGGUAUGAUGUAGGUCUUCAGGCUCCAGGACGGUGCUCCAUCCUUCUGCAUUUCCUCUGCAGGGCUGGAAACUCUGCUACUGAACCUUACAUAGUUGCGCACAAUGUCCUUCUUUCUCAUGGAACUGUGGCAGAUAUCUACAAGAGAAAAUACAAGGCAAACCAAGGUGGAUCACUUGGUGUAUCAUUUGAUGUUAUGUGGUUUGAACCAGCAACCAACAGCACGUAUGACAUUGAAGCAACUCAAAGAGCCCAAGAUUUUCAGCUCGGAUGGUUUAUUGAACCUUUGCUGUAUGGGAAUUAUCCAAGUUCAAUGAGAAGUAGAGUUGGAAAACGGCUGCCAACAUUUUCCAAAUCUGAAGCUACUCUUAUUAAAGGGUCCCUGGAUUUUGUGGGAAUUAAUCACUACACUACAUAUUAUGCAAAAAACAAUUCAAAAAGUUUCAUUAAUGAUCUCCUUAAUGACUCCCUAGCAGACUCUGGUGCCAUAACUCUUCCCUUCAGAAACUUGCAGCCUAUUGGAGACAGGGCAAAUUCUAUAUGGUUGUACAUAGUUCCUCAAGGGAUGAGAAGUCUAAUGAAUUACAUCAAGAAAAAGUAUGGAAACAUCCCAAUCUUUAUUACAGAAAAUGGGAUGGAUGACUCAAACACCUAUAUCUCCAUUAAAGAUGUUCUCAAGGAUGAGAAAAGGAUCAAAUACCACAAUGACUAUCUAACAAACUUGUUAGCCUCUAUCAAAGAAGAUGGGUGCAAUGUGAAAGGGUAUUUUGUAUGGUCUUUAUUGGAUAAUUGGGAGUGGGCAGCUGGGUACACUUCAAGAUUUGGUCUCUACUUUGUGGAUUAUAAUGACAAGCUCAAGAGAUACCCUAAGGAUUCUGUUAAAUGGUUCAAAAAUUUCUUGACAGCUAGUUAAAAAUGGAUAAAGUAUGCAACACAAAUUUGCAAUUGAAUGUUCUAUGUAUGUUUCUUAGGGAACUAUAAUGAAAGUGAAAUAUUGAAUACAUGAUCUCUAUGUGCUAAUUUAAUUACAUUUUCUUUCUUUGUGAA